AUGAGGCUCAUGGAUGAUAGAAUUAUUUAUGCAUUAAAUACAAGUAUACCCACUGAAUCUUUUACAAAUAAAGUAAAUCCAGCUACAGAAUGUGAAAAAUUAUAUAGAGAGAUGCUGAAGGAACAUGAGUCUAGACAAGUGGUGAUUAAAAAAUGUAUAACUGAAGUCUCACAAAAGGUCAAUGCUCUAAAGGAUCAACGGGCCAAAGAUGAAGAUGAUAUGACUGUUUAUAAAAACUUAAGAAAGGAACAAAAAAUGUUACAUUUAAUGCAAAAUGAAUUAAAUGUAGAAGAAGUAUUAAAAGAUAGAAGUUAUAGGACAUUUGAUGAGAAAUGUAGGAGAGUUUAUACUAUACCUAAAUUAAAUGUUUGA